GCGCAUGAUAUAUAUAUCAACUAGUAAUGAUUUUCUAUCUCCUCCCCGCUUCCGUUCGUCGGGAUGUCGCGGCUUCACAUGUCUCUUUGUCAGGCUGAUUUUUUUUUUCUAGGUUCAAAUUGGGAAAUUUUCGUUAACAUCAUUGUUUUCUUCCCCUUUAAUUUGUGUAUCUCCAUAGCUUCUGAUUCCAUUUUCCAUCAAAGGCACACAACCAUGUUUACCAAACCUUCAGCGUCGUCGUCUUCCUGGUACCAGCUAGACUCGUUACUCGAGGCAUUUUUACCCCGGUUCUACGAGUCUGAACGUCGAGUGGUUGAUGACAGUCCACAACAACCUCAAGAUAUAGACGAAUUCCGGGAGGAUAUGUAUGAAUCUGCGUUGGCUGAUUCGGAAUUUGCUCAAUGGUUGAAUUGCCCACCUUCGCCACGUCCACAUUCCAACCAGAAUGACAAUGCCCUCGAGCGUUUGAGAAUGCUUGUUGUGCAUUUGGGUUCGUCAUUGGGUUCGUCAUUGGUCAGUCGUCCGUCUGUGACCAGUUCUAGCCGAAAAGAACAUUUUUUCUCUAAAUUCCUCAUAGACAGUUUGCUAUAUCGUUGAACAACAUAUAUUAAAAUCAAC